CGCUGCGAGCGUUGUCCGAAAGCGUUAGUCAAGUGUAUUGUACAAUGAAAAGGGAUUACAUCGCAUUAUGUCCGUCAGGCCAUAGUUUUUACACGGUUAUAUUUGGUGAAGUCGUGCGUGACGAGUUAUGCAACAUUCGGUGUAAAAGCGCCCCAUAAUAGGACGACCAGAUAUUGUGACACCUGACCUACUUAGACAGUAUCGUCGUAUUUAAGACAGUGGUAAACUGACAACAUUUAUAACCCUAAAAAUGUAUUUGACAGGCUUUCGAUUCGCAGAUUCUAAAUGCUUGUAAACACGAGAGAGCAGAGAAAUCCUUCGGAAAUUGCGUCUUUCCGCGUUACAUUAUUGGAACACAGUACCGUGUCUAGUAAUACCCGGUACCCAUAUAAAACAGUGGUCGAUACGUUCUUUCUUACGAAUUCAUCUCUUCUCUGUCGUAGUUCGAUACCAUAAACAUCGAAUGCAAAACAUUACGAGACUAUUCGAAUGUUCGUGAUUUACUAUUUCGAAUGUAACAGCGAAUUCGAACGCUCUCUUCACGGAUAAGUGGCAUUUACGAAGAUCAGUAUAGUAUUUUCCCUUUCGAUAUCCACUGCCGUGCCUGCGCAUCGUAAACACGGGCGCAAGCUAUAUAUCGUCAGCAUUUUCUUUGCAUCUCGCAUCGGAUACAUUCAUCGAACUAUCAUAAAAGAAACCUCUUGGAAUUAUACAUCACAUUCCCCAUGAAUCGAGUAACUUCCUUAAAUCGAUAAUCGCAAUGAUAGACCUAACAGAGAGUUCGAUAAGAUAGUAAAUUGUGACAUUUCUAAAGACGUGGAUCCGCAAAUAGAAAAUCCACAUUCUCCGUAUUUCAUAGAAACGAAUGGUAUUAAGAAUCCAAGAUCUAUCGAAGCAUAGUAGGAAUCAUGCUGCCAGCAUCUGUUUAAGAUAUUCUAAUGUGCGAUAAAGAAGUUGACGAUAAAACGCCUUGAGAUCGGCCGUCGGACUCUUAGAUGCAGGCCAGCAAUGGCAGCAACCGAAAGGCGAUCAUCGAGAAAAGUGAUUUCGGUGUGUGAUACGGACACGGGAUACAGGCCAGGGGCGUUUUGGCGCAGGGUGUACGGUACUGGAACUCGUGCUGUCAGAGCGCAACGGUGCGCCGGACGCUCGCUUGACUAAGGGAGUGCCCGUCCCGAUGCAAAGUGUAAGUGAAGUGGCCUACAGACCUACAUUUGUCUAACGUUCGAUUUUUUUCACGAGCCGCCGGACAGGAGGUUAAUAAUCCGCGCGGGGCUCAUUUUUCCGCGGGCGUGUGCGAUGUCGCUGUUGUGUGAUAUACCGAUGUUCGGUUGAAAGAGACGGUGUGUAGUUUCGGUACGCUCAGACGGCGCUGGCCGGCGCGGGGAGCGUAGUAGUAAAAAGAGAGAGGAGGACAGCGAGAGCGUGCGCACACGAGGACGAGAGAGAGAGUGAGACCAAGAGGGAAAACCGUCCGACAGAGGGAGACGGAAAAGAAGGAACCAGACCGAGCGCGCGCUUCUCUCGAAAGGAAGCGAGACGGACAGAUAGAUAGACGGGGGGGCGAGAAAGAGAGAGCGCGAGGGCACGUAAGAGAGUGUAGGUGUUCCUCGAGAGAAGUGCGUGCGCUCGGGGACGACGUGCAGGAGGAGGGACCCCCGUCUGUCUGUCUGCUGGAAUGCACGAGGGCCGAAUGGCUACGGGGACAGGGGAAGGUGGGGGCCACACGGCCCUCGAGAACACCACCACGACGGCCCUUACGGAAUCAUCGUCUUCCUCCUCCUCGUUACCGACCAUCCUGACCGAAAACACCACGGCUAAUCUGCCUCUGACGGGACCUCAACAGCAGAACCUUCAUCAGGUACAACAGCAACAGGCACAGCAACAGCAGCAGCAGCAGCAGCAGCAGCAGCACUCACAACCACGGGUUAGCUUGAUCACUGAUCUGCCAGUAAACGAUGCCUCAGAGUACUCCACAUUACCGACGGAGCAAUCUGCAUUACCGACAGAGUAAUCUGUAUUACCGACCGAGCACUCUAAUUACCGACAGAGCAAUCUACAUUAUCGACGGAGUAAUCUGCAUUAUCGACCGAGCACUCUAAUUACCGACGGAGCAAUCUGCAUUACCGACGGAACAAUCUGCAUUACCGGCCGAGCAAUCUACAUUAUCGACGGAAUAAUCUGCAUUAUCGACCGAGCAAUCUGCAUUACCGACGGAGUAAUCUACAUUAUCGACAGAGCAACCUACAUUACCGACGGAGUAAUCUGCAUUACCGACGGAACAAUCUACAUUAUCGACUGAGCAAUCUGCAUUACCGACCGAUCACUCUAAUUACCGACAGAGCAAUCUGCAUUAUCGACGGAGUAAUCUGCAUUAUCGACCGAGCAAUCUGCAUUACCGACGGAGCAAUCUGCAUUACCGACAGAGCAACCUACAUUACCGCCAGAGUAAUCUGUAUUACCGACCGAGCACUCUAAUUACCGACGGAGCAAUCUGUAUUACCGACCGAGCACUCUAAUUACCGACAGAGCAAUCUGCAUUAUCGACCGAGCAAUCUGCAUUACCGACGGAGUAAUCUGCAUUACCGACGGAGUAAUCU